UAACAAAUGAGCAAGCAAGAAAAUUUGUUAUUUAUUGGAACAUAGAAGAAAUUACGGAAAUUCAUUCCAUAGACUUUAAAGUCCUAAAUACCUGAGUCUAGGUAAAAGAGGCUUGCGAACAUGAAAGACAGAACGAUAAGCUCACCUAACCUUUGUGGUAACUGACAAGUCUAUUAAAAAUGUCAGCCAAAGAAGACUAAGAAACGUCACUACAGAUCAAAUCAAAAGCCAUCCACAUGGAAAUUAUCGUGGAAAAAUACAAUAAUGAACGCAAAAGUUCUAGCAAUCAUAGCUAUUUUUAUAAACAAUAUUAGAAUCUGUCAAAGUAGAAAAUAUGAUAACUAUACACUGUAUAACACGGUGCCGACGGAGGCGGAUCAUUUGAAGUUCUUACAAAAUUUGGAUAAGCAAAAAUAUAUUGACAUGGUGUUUUGGAAGAAACCUUAUAAAUUAUAUGAAGAUGUGCAGUUUAUUGUGAAUCCGGCUGAUAAAGAUCUCUUUUUAGAGAGAGCCAAUCAUUUUAAGUUAAAAACUGAGGUGAUGCUGCAUGACAUUGGAAGAGCUUUUAAACAGCAAGAAGUCAGAAAAUAUUUUCGUCUAAGAUCAGAUAUGUUUUCAUGGGAGAACUAUCAUUCAUUGGAAGACAUAUAUCAAUGGUUAGCAGACGUGGCCGUGAAGUAUCCAAACAUUGUAGAAUUGGUAUCAAUUGGGAAAUCUGCUGAAGGCCGAGAAAUAUACGCCAUGUCUCUAAAGAAAAAAGGAACGAAGUAUAAAGUCAUAGUAGAAGGUGGAAUCCAUGGAAAUGAAUGGAUUGCAGUAGAGUUUGUUACAUAUCUAGUACAGCAAUUGGUUGAUCAUAACAAUACCAAAAACACGAAACUGCUCGAACUGGGUCGGAAAUACGACUGGUAUAUCAUACCGAUACUCAAUCCAGAUGGCUUUGUGUAUAGUCAGAAAACAGAUCGAUUAUGGAGAAAAAACAGGAGAACAAUAGAAAAUGGUUUUGGUGUUGAUCUUAAUAGGAACUUUGAUUACAAUUUUGGAAAAUACGGAACUAGCGAAGAUGUUAAAGACGAUUACUAUUGUGGACCUCAUCCAUUUUCUGAACCAGAAACAAGAGCUUUAUCAGAAUUUAUAUCUCAGAAUAAACAUAACUUGAGGUUUUACUUUUCUUUCCACGCUUACGGGCAAAAAGUUAUCAUACCAUUUGCUGACAGGAUAAAGCAUAUUGAAAAUUAUGCUGAAAUGGAGAAUUACGGCAAACAGGCGAUAUUGAAAAUGUAUAAAAUGAACCGCGUCAAAUACAGCGUCGGCACAACCUAUGAUACUUUAGGUCUACGUAUUUCCGGCAACAGCGCCAGUUGGGUGAAGAAAGCUCAUGGUGUGAGAUACGUUUUCACGUUCCUUCUCCGCGACAACGGGAGUUACGGCUACGCUCUCCCCCCCUCCCAGAUCCAGCCGACUUGCGAAGAGACCAUCGGUGGUCUCACAGAACUCAUGACGGCCAGACCGAGGAGGGUCAGACUGAACCUAUUCAACAGUGCCCCAAAGUUAAAAGGCAGUUUUUCGAUUCUAUUUUGUACUGUUUACAUGUUAAUAUAAAUGAUUUUGUAUUGUU